AUGGCCACCGCCGUCUGGGAUCCCACAGUCACCACCCGUCGUAGCAUCGCUCCAAAGGGUGCCGAGUGCGCGCGCUGUGCCCACGCCGGCGUCGUAUGCACCGCCCCGCCCUUCCGCGCCUGGUCGCCGCGUCACGUCUUCGCCGCCCCCUGUGACGGCUGCAUGGCCGUCGGCGGCGAGCGCAUGUGCUCUAGUGCGGGCGUGUGGAGCGUCGUGGGCGAUGCCGAGGAGGAGAAGGAGAACGAACAGGAGCAGGAGCAGGCCAACAGCCAGAGCAAGGCUUCCGAGAACGGCUCCAAGCCCGCCGCCGCCGCCAAGGCUACCGAGGCCAGCUCGUCCAGCUCUUCCAGCUCUGCACCCAAGGCCAAGAAGACCAUCACCUUCCUCGCAAAGGUCGACAUGGACCGCCUGGGCGACACCCUCAACCGCAGCAGCCGCGACGUCAAGGCCGGUAAAGUCAAGUUUGAGGAUGUGCUCGACCGCGCCAUCGCCGCGUGUCGCCUCGUCGCGGGCGGCGAGGAGGAGUAUUACGACCGCGAUCACUGGUACUAG